ACUGCGCUGGUAACUUUGUCGUGCUGAAAGAGAGGCUUGUCCCGAAGAUUUCUCAGAUCAUACUCCUUCGGAUGUCAUCGCAAUGACUUCGUGUCACAACGCUGUUAGCCUGCACGAAGCAAGAAAAGUUGCUAUAUUCGGAGGCACACAUGGAAACGAAAUGUCAGGCGUGACGCUGGUUAAUUUGUGGACAAACAACGAAGCGGAGAUCCAGAGGACAGGACUAACCACAAAGCCCUUUAUAACCAACCCUCGGGCGGUGGAGAAAUGUACGAGAUAUAUCGACACAGAUUUAAACAGAGCCUUCACGUCAGAAAACCUCAGUGCACCAAGAAGUGACGACCUUCCGUAUGAAGUGAGGAGAGCUCAGGAAAUCAACCAGAUGUUUGGACCUAAGGGAAGUCCGGAGGCCUACGAUGUCAUUUUCGAUCUUCACAAUACCACCUCCAACAUGGGCUGCACUCUCAUUCUGGAGAGCUCAAAGGACCCCUUUAUUCUUCAAAUGGUGAACUACAUCAAGCGGGCCAUAGCACCGGCCAGCUGCUCGCUUCUGCUGUAUGAUCACCCACUCCUUCAGUACGCAACCUCUCGCUCCGUCGCUAAGCACCCCAUCGGUCUUGAGGUUGGUCCACAGCCUCAAGGAGUCCUAAGGAGCAACAUUUUUGAAUCCAUGAGGGUAAUCGUGAAACAUGGUUUGGACUUCAUUGAGCUUUUCAAUGGAGGUAUGGAGUUCCCCCCCUGCACUAUAGAUGUGCAUAGAGUUUCAGAAAGCAUGGAUUACCCCAGAGACACAAAUGGAAACAUUAUCGCCAUGAUACACCCAGAUUUGCAGGAUUGUGACUGGGAGCCGCUGAACCCCGGUGACCCUAUGUUCCAAACGUUUGAUGGGAGAACGAUCUUCUAUGAAGGCAGCACGGUUUACCCCACUUUUAUCAAUGAGGCAGCCUAUUACGAGAAACAACAGGCUUUUGUGAUGACCAAAAGAGAGACGUUAGUGGCGAAUGGUAUCAAAGCCUCCAAAAUAUAGACCCACUCACGUGUGUCAUAGUAAGGGGGCUGCUUGCACUGUUCAGUGGCACCAUUUGCCACACAGGUACCA